AGCACCGUCCAACAAACGAGAUUACCACCGGGUGGUAUAAAGGCUCUACCGUGGAUUAUGGCCGGCUCAGUAAAUCAACGACGUUUUUACGUGUGCGACCCCCACGCCCUCCCCUAUUUUACUUAGGGGUUGUCGAUCAAAAUGCAGUGGCUGUCAUUUCUGAUCCUGGGAUGCUUUUUAGUAAUCCCAUCGCACUCUAAUCCUGUUAGUCUCUCGCGCUCAAAACGAUCCUUCCACCACGAACCCGAGGGCUAUUGGAGCAAAAAGCUCACCUGGAAAACCGAAUGGGUGAAAGUCUGGAAACACGAAAAGAAACUCGAAUGGAAACCUGAAUGGAAAAAGAUCCAAGUGCCCGCUUGGAAGGAGAUUCAGGUGCCGAUAUGGAAAGAGAUUCAAGUGCCAGACUGGAAAACCAUCAAUAAACCCGUAUGGAUUGAAAAACAAGUGCCGGCAUGGAAAGAGAUUAAAGUGCCGGACUGGAUUGAGAAGCAGGUACCCGCGUGGAAAGAGAUCCAGGUCCCGGACUGGAAAGAAAUCCAAGUGCCAGACUGGAAAGAGAUUCAGGUACCGGAUUGGAAAGAGAUCCAAGUCCCGGCGUGGAAACAAAUUUGGAAACCGAUAUGGGUGGAACACCAGGUGCCAGCGUGGAAAGAAAUCCAAGUGCCCGAGUGGAAAAAAGAAUUUAAGCCGGAGUGGGUGAAGGAAGGAAUUCAUGGAGAGCACUACUUGGGAAAAGACGAGCACGGAGCAGAAUAUACCGCGCACGACCUAUGGAAGAAGAAGCUUAUAUGGAAACCAGUGUGGAAAAAAGUCUGGAGGACAGAGAAGAAGCAAAUCUGGAUACCCCAAAAGAAGAUGGAAUGGAAAUCCGAGUGGGUGAAAGUGUGGAAAACCGAGAAGAAGCAAAUUUGGCGGACCGAAAAGAAGCAGAUCUGGCGUACCGAGAAAAAACAAAUCUGGCGAACAGAAAAGAAGCAGAUCUGGAUCCCGAAAAAGGAGCAAAUCUGGCGUACGGAAAAGAAACAGAUCUGGAUCCCGAAGAAGGAGCUGAUCUGGAAACAGGAGAAGGUGCAAAUAUGGCGAACGGAGAAGGUACAAAAGUGGGUGACCGAAAAGAAACAGAUCUGGGUGGACCACUGGAAGAAAAUCUGGGUGCCAGUGUGGAAGACCAUAGAGGUACCCGCAUGGAAAAAAAUAUCGAUACCCAUAUGGGAGAAGGUCUGGGUUAAAGUACAUAAGCACCACGGAUGGGAUUGAAAGUGAUAGUUGUUGGGUACCUGCUUGUUUUCUGUAUAUAUGUUACUUUCUCUGUCUCUCUAUUAUUUAGUUUUAAGGUUUUUUUUUGUAUAUAUAUGUACUUUGAGUUGAAUGUACGAUAAUUUUUUUCUGAUAUUUUGGAUUAUUUUUUUUUUGUUUGUGAUUGUAUAAUAAUGAAUUUUUGGUAUAAAGUUGGGCUGGAUCUUGAUACAUUUUUGGGAAAAUCGAUGCCCUAUAUCAUAUCCCAGUUAUACCAGUUUUUGUAAAAGUGAUCAUUAUGUGUGUAUAUUUUUUUGUUAUUUUUUUACUUGUAUAAUAAAUUUUUUUUUAUA